AUGGAAGAAAAAGACCUUGUAGAACUCGGCUUGCUUGCCAAGGGUGAUAGGAUUAAACUUAAGUCAUUUUGCAAAAAAGGCAUCUCUUCUUACAGAGAAGAAAAGAUAGCAAGAAUAAAACAAAUUCUUGGACAAGGUAAAGGAAAGAAGCUUGGAGAUCCAACUUUUAGUGCAGCUGUCGGUUCCACGUCAUCCGGAAAAUCGGCAAGAACAUCUAGCCUCAAGUACGAGGUCGGCUGGAAGCACUGGAAACAUGGCCGUGGUUAUUUGCAGAUGAAAAAAAAUACUGGUGGUGGUACUCGUACAGUUCAUAUACCUUGCAACACUUCCCUCGAAGAGUGCCAAACCAUCGCAGAAGGUCUGUUUUUCCCGGAAGGCAAGAGUCCAGUUAAUGAAUUGGAGAAAAUGAUCACUGCAAUGGGCAAUUUCAGUGGUGAUUGUAUUGUUUUAAUGAGGGAAGAUGGCAAGCCAUUUCAAUUUUCGCCCGAGCGGUACAAAGAGAUGACAGGCUUAACAGUUCCAUGCUUGCACCUAUUAACGAAAAACGAAGAUGAUACGGAUGGUGAUGAGGAUGAAUCAUUCCCAUCAGCCUUUGGCUAUCAGGAUCCAUCAUUUGGUACGAAAAGAGCCUCAAGCCCUUCCUUUCCAAACGAAGACGGGCUCAUUGGUACAUCAAGUGAGCGCCAACAGUUUUUUGAUGACCUGGAUCAGGAAUUGAGAGCUUCCCUUACGGCCGAUAAAGCGAAAGUAAAGAGUACAGACAAACAACAGUUGAUUUCUGAGCCCACCAAUGACGAAACGGAUUCCCCUGAAAGGCUUCGUCAAGUUCGUGAGCAGCGUUCUCCGCCAGAACCUAACAGCACCGAACCAAAAGUAAAAGUGUCUGUACGACAUAGUACGUUGGGUGUGGUCAGCAGAGUGUUUGACCCGGAAGGAAGCAUGCAAGGCGUUUAUGAUUGGAUUGGUUCCCUCUCCAAAACACCUGAACAUUUUCUUUUAGUUACCAUCAACAACGCUAUACCCAGAUGA